AUUCCUGCUCAGCAAAGAUCUUCCGCCGUCCUGAGACAGGUCCGGGGAAGGAAAUGCAAAGUCACGAUUUGCAAUCAGAAAGGAAAGAAGGCUGCGAUUAGUCUUCUGCUUCAGGGAGAGGCGGCCAUGGAAACGGAAGGUCCCAUUAGGGAGCUUUGCGACGAAGCGACGUGCUCUAUCUGCCUGGAAUAUUUCAAAGAGCCUGUGAUCAUCGACUGCGGGCACAAUUUCUGCCAGGCCUGCCUCGCCCAGUAUUGGGGGGAGCCUGACAAAGGCAUUUCUUGCCCUCAGUGCAGGAAAAUGAUCCAGCAAAGGAACUUUAGGCCAAACUGGCAACUGGCAAAUAUUACAGAAAUACUCCGGAAACUGGAAGACGGAAACAGAGCAGAAGGCCAGAGGGGAGUGUGCGAGAAGCACCAGGAGCCCCUGAAACUCUUCUGCAGGGAUGAUCAAGCCUCCAUUUGCGUGGUGUGCGACAGAUCCAAGGAGCACCGAGACCACAGCGUGAUUCCCGUAGAGGAGGUCACCCAACUGUGCGAGGAAAAAGCUGAGCUGAAAUGUUUGGAAAAAGAGAGAGAAAUUCUUGUGGAUCAGAAACUCGCUGAAGAGCUGAGAAGUCAAGAAUGUCUGACACAAUUAGAAAUGGAGAAGCAGAAGGUCGCAUCUGCCUUUGAGCGAAUGUACAAUUUCCUUGAGGAAAUCGAGCUCCACAGGCUGGCCAAGCUGGGAGCUCUGAAGAAAGAGAUUGAAGAGAUUCAGAGAGGAAAUGUCGCCAAACUUUCUGAAGAGAUCUCCCACCUCAGUAACCUGAUCACAGAAGUGGAGAGGAACUGCCAGCAGCCUGAAAAUGAGUUCCCACAGGACAUCAGAAAUAUCUUGAGUAGAUAUGAGAAGGGGCAAGUGAGGCAGCUGGUGGAACUUUCUCCAGGACUGGAAGAGAAAUUCAGGAUUUACUCUCAGACUAAUUCCGCUCUAGAAGAAGCUAUGGAGAAAUAUAAAGAAUCUCUGGAGGAAGCACUGAACAAAGAGUCUUUGAAUCAAGAAUUAUACAAAGUAAAUUUCACUCUGGAUCCAGACACUGCAAAUCCCUUCCUCAUUCUGUCUGAAGACCUGAAGAGCGUGAGAAGAGGAAGCAGAUAUCAAGCUGUGCCUGACAACCCCGAACGAUUUGACAUUAUGAUGAGUGUCUUGGGCCAGGAGAGAUUCACUUCAGGAAGACAUUGGUGGGAGGUGGAGGUAGAGGAAAAUUUGGGAAGGUGGGCUGUGGGGAUAGCACGAGAGUCUGUUAGGAGGAAAGGGCAGGUCCGCAUAAGUCCUGAGGAGGGGUUCUGGGCUGUGGGGAAGUCAUUCCGUGACAGUCGUGACUUAUCCUCACCUUGUCAAAUCUUGGCCUUUACCUCCCCAAAGCCGACCCCUUUGAUCUUUAGGCGUAAGAUCAGGAAGAUCCGAGUGUCCCUCAGCUAUGACGAGGAUCGUGUGGAGUUUUCUGAUGUUGAUUCAGACGACCUCAUCUUCACUUUCCAUUCAGCCUCAUUCUCUGGGGAGAAGAUCCUCCCCUUUUUCCGGGUGUGGAGAGGGGUCAGACUGAAGUGCUGAAUUCAAAGGGGAAAUCCCCCACAGCUAAAAGAACUGCUGCCAUCUUGAAAGGAGGUGACAUUCUAGCACUUUCUCUGUAGCUGCAUGACAGCCAGGCAAGGGGCAAGCGGUCUUGAUGGUUUCCCAGCAGCGAUUCUGGUCCCUAGUCACAGCCUGUAACAAUUGUCCACAGAUAGUGAAAGAAAACAGGACCAAUGUCAAAUCUUAAAUAAAACAGGCAGGAUUAGAGACUCCCUUCAGCAGGGAUGGGGAUCCCUCUAGCCCUCCAAAUGUUGUUGGACUCCCAACUCCCAUCAGCCCCAGCCAGCAUGGCCAGUGGUCGGGGGUGAUGGGAGUUGUGGUUCGACAACAUCUGGAGGACCACAAGUCCCCCAGCCCUGCCCUACAGCUUCAGGACUUUGAAAAAUCAUGUCCUCUUAAAAAAAAAGCCAUAUAGCACGGCUCUAAAAGCAGUACAAUAGACAAGUAAACGAACUACAACAGACUAUUUAUUAAUGAUCCCCUUUUCUUCCAUGGAGCGCAAGGUGGCUUGCAUGGGAUUUGCAGCUGCAUCCCACUGACCAGCUGCAGACUUGCGGGGCUUCACCAUACUUGCUAUAUCAUGUGACUUCAGCUCAUGCUCUCCGUCUAUAGAAUUUUGCCAUUCAUGAGUCAUCCUUGUCUAGCGUCCCCCACCCUUGAGUUAAUUUGGGGAGAGGGCAUCAUCAUUCCUUCUAUUUCCGAUGUUCAGGCAUGAGUGCGAUUGCUUAAGUAGCCCAGAUGGAACCAGCCAUGCAGAAGAGGGAGCUAUCACAAGACCUGCAUGAACCCCCACGUUUGCGGAAGUGCAAACUUUUCAUUAGAAGGAAACCUACUAAGGGUAGAGCACCAAAACAGUCCAAUGAGAGUUGUGCAUAUUCAGUGGCUACAGAAUGCUGACUGACUGCUCAGAAGGGAGGGGGACUUGGAAAACAAGGUUUUGGAGGAGAAUGGAAUAAAGGUCACAUCCACACCGUACAUUCAAAGCACAUGGCUUCCCCCCAAAGAAUCCUGGGAACUGUAGUUUGUUGAAGGUGCUGAUUUGUAGCUCUGUGAGGGGUAAACUACAGUUUUAAAUGUUCAAGGUGUAGAUGUGACCAGAGCAUCAUGGAAGAAGGCAUUUCUGAGUGACUAGAAAACUGAGUAGGAACACUCAACACCGGAGCAUUUUGUUGGAGGUACUACUUGCAAUUACCACCCUUGCUCUACAGUUGGGGAACUUUGACGCAUAAGAUAGACAUGCACAUCAGUGAUGAGCCAACUGUGGAUCUGUAGUCACCACUUAUAAAAUAAGAGAUGUUCAAACUUGCAAGCCAAGUCAAGACCAGAAGCAACUACUUCUUCCUGUGCCCAAGAGAAGCCUGUUGUACAGAAUGCUGAUUGGCUGGACCUUAUGACAGUGAUGAGGUCCGUUCCAUCUCCCUGUAUGAUUGUGUAUAAUCUGUAGAGUGCUGAUUGGCUGUGCCUUGAGACACCCAUAAAAGUUACCCUUGUCUAUAUCCUGACUUUAAAAAAGAAACUACCUAAACUGGCUUGAGUGCAAAAUAAAUGUUUAAAUGGUUGAACAUGUGAGGUAUGUCACAGAGUGAAAAACAUGUAACAAAAGCUUUUCCUAUUUAUUUAUGUGAUAUAUUUUAUACCACUCUUCAUCGAAAGAUUCCAGGGCGGUGUACAAAAGUGCAAAUAACACUAAUUCACAGAACCUAAUGAACUACAACAAGAGGGAGGGAGGCAUAUCUGUCUCAACCUAAGGAGGGCAAUUUGUGGCCCUCCAGAUGAUGUUUUAUUUUUUUAAUUAUUAUUAUUUGAUUUAUAUCCCUCCCUUCCAGCAGGAGCCCAGGGUGGCAAACAAAAGCACUAAAAACACUUUAAAACAUCAUAAAAACAGACUUUAAAAUACAUUAAUACAAAACAUAUUUAAAAACGUAUUUUUAAAAAGCUUUCAAAACAUCUUCUAAAAAAAAGAUUAAAAACAUUUUUUAAAAAAGAAGAUUUAACAACAUAUUAAAAAGCAAUUCCAACACAGACGCAGACCGAGAUAGGUCUCAACUUAAAAGGCUUGUUGAAAGAGGAAGGUCUUCAAGAGAUGGUGCCUGUCUAAUAUUUAAGGGGAGGGAAUUCCACAGGGUAGGUGCUGCCACACUAAACGUUCGUUUCCUAUUUUGUGCAAAACAGACUUCCUGAGAAGAUGGUAUCUGCAGGAGGCCCUCGACUGCAGAGCGCAGUGAUCGACUGGUUAUAUAAAGGAUAAGACUGUCUUUCAGGUAUCCUGGUCCCAAGCUAUAUAGGGCUUUGUACACAAAAACUAGAGCCUUGAACUUGGCCCAGUAGCAAAAUUUUGUGAAAGUUGUAGUCCAACAUCAUCGUUCUCCCUUAAGAACUGCAACUAGAACCCAGAAGUGACAGGUAUAUGGAGGUUUUUGGUAAUAUCUCUUUGGAGCCAGGUCAUGUGUUAAGACUAGAUAAGGAAGGAGCCCUCCAUGACAGCAGAAGACAGAAAACAAUGAACGGGAACGAUCAAACUAGGGGUGGUGGUGAGUGUACUCAUUUCAUAGUAUAGGGAAUGUUAAAAAAAUCUCUGUAAAAUCAUAUUAGUUCUUGUUCUGUCUUUGAGAUGAUCCUUAAUUAGCAAUGACUUUGCAGAUAUCUUUAUUGAAUUCACGCUGCCCUAUCUUGAAUAUCAUUGGCAUGCUGUUUACAGUGCCACAUUCUUUACUGAAACAUAAAUAAAGUCC